AUGGAGUACGUACCAACAGCAAUGUUUGGAAAUGCUGACAUCUUGUCUCGGUUGAUAAUGAACCACGCCAAGCCGGAAGCAGAGCAUAUCAUCGCCAACAUCAGUUUAGAAAAAGACCUAAGGUUUGUAGCAGUGCAAGCCAUUAAUGCAUUUCCACUUACAUUUGUAGAUAUACAGCGGGCCACUCGAGCAGAUCCAGUAUUACGCCUGCUGGUUGAGUACAUAAAAAAAGGAUGGCCACGAACUAAAUCAUUAGAUUCAAGAUUUUUGCAAUUUUACCAGCGAAAGGACGCUUUGUUAAUAGUGGACGGCUGCAUUUUGUUCGGAGAGAGGUUGGUCAUCCCGGAGCAGCUUCGUUCGCGCUGUUUGACCCAGCUACAUCGAGGACAUCCGGGGGUUCAACGGAUGAAAGCUUUGGCUCGCCGCUUCGUGUAUUGGCCACAUAUCGACACCAAUAUUGCUGACAUCGUUGCAAACUGUUCAGCUUGUGCGGUGGCGGCGAAAUCACCACCACAUUCGGCACCGAUACCAUGGCACGAGGCAAAGGCACCGUGGCAACGGGUGCACAUCGAUUAUGCUGGGCCGAUAAAUGGAGAUUAUUUCCUGUUAAUGGUAGAUUCAUUUUCGAAGUGGCCUGAAAUCAUCAGAACAUCACGCAUCACAAGUUUAUCGACAAUAGCGUGUCUAAGAUCAGUAUUCGCGCGGUUCGGAAUGCCGGUAACGUUGGUUAGCGAUAAUGGCACGCAAUUUGUCAGCACGGAGUUCAAAGAAUUCUGCAAGAGAAAUGGAAUUAGCCACAGAACAAUAGCACCGUUUCAUCCCCAAUCUAAUGGUCAAGCUGAGCGUUUCGUCGACUCAUUCAAAAGGGCUAUAAAAAAGAUAACUUUUGGGGGAAUGCCCUUUCAAGAAGCCUUAGAUAUAUUUCUGCAAACCUAUCGUUCGAUGCCAAAUCCUCAGUUACGGUUAUGUUUGGCAGACCAAUUCGCAUGCAUUUAGAGUUACUUCGAGCACCUCCAGGUAUCAGUCCAGGGAGCAGUCAGUACGGUACAGGAUUCGAGAUAGGCUCCCCGGUUUACGUUAAGAUAUACCAGCACAACGGUUGGAGAUGGACACGCGGGACAAUUGUAGACACUGUGGGCAGAGUAAUGUACAAGGUGAAGACUGAAGAGCGCGGAAUGAUCAGGUCGCAUAGAAACCAAAUGAGAAGGCGCAAAGUUGAUAUCGGCCAAAGUGCAGCGAGGAUCCGUCCAACGGUUACGCUAGAUGUCCUUUUAGGGGCAUACGAGAUGCCUCUAGCAACUGAAACUGAUAACGCACCAAUAGCAAACACCCCACAUCACCAACCGGUAGCACCAGAGGUAAGCACACCUUCCGUCCCGCUUACUCCAGUAGCCAUGGGGCAAACGACCACUAACCACAGGCGCAACAACGUUCAGCUGGUACAUUCACCACGCCGCUCUUCUAGGCUUAGAAGAGUUCCGCGUAGGUUUGACGAGUACCAGCUCAAUUAAAAGAGGGAGAUAUUGUGGUCCAACCUGACUACGCAGUCUGUCCACCGGGACGCGCCACUCACCGACAGCAGUCGACGGCUGUCGUAUGAUGUGUGCGUGAAAGGAUGUGCGUGAGUUCCCGGGUCGCUGACCAGAGAAGCAAAAGGGGAGGAAUUGGACGUUUGACGUUUAAUUGUUCGGCCGCAACUGUUAACAGUCGCGGUAACAUCCUUUGUGCCGCGUCAUCGCCAAACGCAUACACCAAAACCACGAUUGCCGUCCAGCCGGCACCUACACAACCGCAUGAACUGGUGGGAACCGAUCCGUUAUCAUCACCGCUUCAAGCUGCACCUCGUGAGCCAUUCACAGAUAGGAUCUGGAUCCGCCUAUCCCGCUUAUCAACGGCCGUCACUGUGGAACAAGUGGUCGCUUCUGUAAAGCGUCGCUUAGCCACCGAUGACGUUAUAGCGUAUUGCCUGCUGAGAAGAGGGGUUAGUGUGGACAGCAUGAAUUGGCUUUCAUUCAAAGUGAGUGUUUGGUACGGAACCCUAUGUUGUGUUUUGUAUUUUUUUUUGAAGAGGUUCUUAAUAAAGAAUCGGUGGCUCUGAAAAGAGCCGAUUGUGUGCUUUUUUGUUUUACCAAGCUGGGUGGUAUUGCUUGGAAUUCUGUGCCACUUGUGUGCGCCAAGGAGUUGCUAUGAUGAGCGAAGCGUGUUGCUUGCUAGAGGAGUUUGAAUGUCAAGAGAGAGAAUUUGGCUUUGCCGCUUUAUUUAUAAUGCAUUUUUUAAUGGUGUGCGUGAUGACGAAACGAUCGAUGACCCGUCGAACAAUUUGUAGCGAUCCGCGAAAGUAGUGAUGGGCUACAAUCGGGACAAUAGUAGUGAUGUGCUACAAUCGGGAACGAACAGUGAGGGUCCCGGCUAUCCUUCGAGAUGCGGCACUCACACCAUCCACCUGGCCCGUCGGUAUCGGUGUACGUGAGUUUUUUCAAUCCCGUCAACACGACCACCAAACCUCAUCUCCUAUAGCCACCCGAAACCGCUUUACAACACGCACACCAGCUACUAGUACUGAUCACCGCUACACCACACGCACACCAACAACGACUCACCGUUUAGCCGCACGCACGUCUACUCCACCUGGUCCUGAAACAACAUCAUCACAACAGUGUCACCCCCCGGUGAAUGAUACCUUGGAAGCACCCAACUCAACACUUGUUUCUGGACCGCCCCAAAACCACCGUGCUUCAUCUCCGCAUCUACACCAGUCUACAAUCGAUCGCUUUUUUCUCAACUAGACGAAGUUCCGCUCAUUGCACGCAACAAACACGCCAAGCCUCAUGCUCUGACAACGCAGCUCAAUUGACUUACCGUAUACCCGCUUUAUCCAACCGCCACAAUGACAACGCUACCGCUGAGUAUUUAAGUUGCUAUUAUCAAAACGUUAGAGGUUUGCGUACUAAAACAUAAGAAUUUCACUUAGCUGUAUCGGAGGCUGACUUCGAUCUCAUCGCCCUCACGGAAACUUGGCUUGUUGACAACAUUCCAUCUGCUCUUCUCUUCAACAACAACUUUUCUGUUUACCGCUGUGAUCGCUCUCUCAGCGGCUCUAGCUCUCGCGGUGGUGGUGUUUUGCUAGCCGUUUCUAACGCAUACGAGUCGAUAGAAUUACCUUCCCGUGAUCGUUCUCUCGAGUAUAUUUGUGUGCGCGUCGCCUGCAAUAACGAACAUCUGUACGUCAUGGUAGUAUACAUUCCACCGCAGCUUAGCUCCGAGAUAUCGACUCUUCGCUCUCUACAUGAUUGUAUCAGCAGCUUCACUCUCACACUGAAGCCUUCGGAUCUGCUGUUUGUUAUUGGCGAUUUCAAUCAGCCUAGCAUAAGCUGGUCCACAGCUGAUCCUUCGUCCUCGCCAGCAUACUCAUCAAUCACGCACUAUGAACCAACUGCGCGCUCACUGGCCAACAACACCUUUGUGGAUGGAUUUAAAUUUAACGGAUUAGUGCAACUUAAUCACAUCAAUAAUUCGCACGGACGCAUGCUUGACCUGCUCUACGCUAACAAUGCUGCAGCUAAAUUGUGUUCGCCUGUCUUUCCAAGUGUUGUUCCGCUUGUACCUCUUGACUCCUACCAUCCGGCGUUUGACUUCAAUAUACGUAUUAACUCGUCGACCCGACGCAAUUCGACGACUCGACAAAACUCGACGACAACCGCAUUUUAUCGUUACAACUUUGCUAAAGCUGACUAUUUGAAACUGAACGACAUGAUAUCAAUGUUUAACAAUAGCUUUCAUUGUUCCAAUUUUAUUUCACUUGACGAAGCAGUAUGUUCAUUCUCGUCCUUCAUGCUGCAAGCCUUUGUUGUAUGCGUCCCAGUUCAGUGUCCUAAACCUAACCCCCCCUGGGCGGACCGCACACUCAAACGACUCAAACGUGUAAAAAGAGCUGCUUAUCGUCACUACCAAACGCGCCGCUGCCAAAGAUCUCGCUCGAUCUACUUUGACACGCACUCUUUAUACUGCAGCUAUAACAGGUUUCGAUAUGGCAGAUAUUUGAGUAAAAUUCAACGUAACCUCUGCAGGUGGCCUGACUCGUUUUGGCGCUUCUACAACAGCAAAACAAAAUCCACGCAUACACCGAAAUCCAUUACGUACAAAGGAGCAACAAGUGCCAACACUAAUGAAAUGUGCAAUCUCUUCGCGGAUCGCUUCGCAGAUUGCUUUUCACCGGCCAUGAAUGAUACCGAUACCAUUGAUGCUGCUCUCGUCAACACUCCGGCUGGCGCAAUUAACAUGAGCACUCCUUUCAUCCUGGACAGUGAGAUCGUUUUAUCUGCCCUAGCGCAACUAAAGCCUUCCUUCGCUCCUGGACCCGACGGAAUUCCUUCUACCGUGCUGAAACGCUGUCAAACGACAGUAGCACCUAUCCUUGCAAAAUUGUUCAAUGCAUCGCUAGCCAAUGGCUACUUUCCCAAAACAUGGAGGAAAUCUUGGAUGGUUCCUAUUUACAAAAAGGGCGACAGGACAGAUGCCAUCAACUACCGGGGUAUUACAUCUUUGUCUGCCAUUGCCAAGGUGUUCGAACUAGUGAUAUACAAAAAUCUGCUACAUGCAUGCCGCAGCUACCUAAGCCCGUAUCAACAUGGAUUCGUGCCAAAAAAGUCGACUACCACGAACCUGGUUGAAUUUGUAACCUAUUGCACUAGUCAAAUUGAUGCCGGAGCUCAAGUCGAUGCAAUUUAUACAGAUCUGAAAGCAGCAUUCGACUCUCUUCCGCACGCAAUUCUUCUCGCUAAACUCGAUAAGCUAGGACUUCCCAGCUCGCUCGUACAGUGGCUUAAGUCUUACCUAAUAAAUCGCACAUACAUCGUGAAAAUUGAUAAGCACAUGUCCAAAGAAAUAGUCAGCAGCUCCGGUGUGCCACAAAGAAGCAAUAUUGGCCCGCUUCUCUUCAUAUUGUUCAUCAACGAUGUUACCCUCGCUCUACCUCCCGACAGUAUCAGUCUGUUUGCCGACGAUGCAAAAAUUUUUGCGCCUAUUCACAACACAGGUGAUUGUACAUUGCUGCAAGACUGCAUCGAAAUUUUCUGUUCGUGGUGCAAGCGUAAUGGACUGACUAUCUGCAUCGAGAAAUGCUACUGUGUGUCUUUUAGUCGAUGCAGGAGCCCAGUCACUGGUACCUACUUCAUAGACGGCACUGCAAUUAAUCGACAAAAUCAUGCCAAAGACCUGGGCGUUCUGCUUGACUCUAGUUUGAACUUUAAACAGCAUAUUGAUGACGUUGUAGCUAGAGGAAAUCAAUUACUUGGCGUGGUUAUCCGGACAACUAAUGAAUUCCGCAACCCCAUGUGCAUCAAAGCUGUGUACAACUGUAUCGUUCGUUCGGUUCUGGAAUAUUCGUGCGUAGUCUGGAGCCCAACUACCGCUUCUUCAAUUGCUCGACUUGAGGCGAUUCAAUGUAAACUCACGCGAUAUGCCCUACGCCUACUUCCCUGGCAGGAUCGCAAUAAUCUUCCUCCGUAUGCUGCGCGGUGCCGUCUUCUAGGCCUUGAACCUCUUUCGGUUAGAAGACGCAAUGCACAGUGUUCUUUCAACGCUGGAUUGCUAAAUGGCUCUAUCGACUCAUCGCCUUUGUUGCAUCGAGUCGAUAUCUAUGCACCAUCCCGAACACUUAGUCUAGAGAAACUCUACGGCUCGCUCAACCCCGUUCCAGCGCUGGUCGGUCUGACCCUAUGUUCCGCAUGUCGGCUGUCUUCAACACUGUCUCGGAUUGCUUCGACUUCGACAUCUCAACUCAGUGCUUCAAGGAACGUCUCCGGCUUUUGCCAUGGCCGCAGUGAAUUGCGCUGCAAAUCAUGUUUUGUUAUGUUUUUUUUUUUCAUGAACUGUUACAUCUUAAUUAGGCCAUAGGGCCCGUUGAAGAUUAAUAAAUAAAUAAAUAAUAAAUAAUAAAUAAGGGAGCGAAGAGAGAGAGCAGACACAUUCGUGCGGUAGAGCUAGGUUAGGAUAAACGGGCCCGUUAAAGCAUUAGUAUAGGAAUAGGGAAUAAAGUUUUAUAAUAAUUUGUGUCGAUGCCUUUAA